AGGCGUUACAGUGUUCAUUAAAGUUCUUUGCUUAUUUGCACGUGACAAUAAGUUCUAUCGAUAUAUGUAAUUAAUAUUGUGUUUUCACGUUAUAUAUUUAUUAACAUAUAAUAACAAAAAAGUCCGAAUAGCAAAAUGGUUGUAAUAGGAAAGAAAAAAUACCAAUCUGGAGAAGGAGCACAAUUUAUGACCAGGAAAUCUGCGUUAAAGAAAUUACAACUUUCUUUAAAUGAAUUUCGCAAAUUAUGCAUAUUGAAAGGAAUAUAUCCAAGGGAGCCUCGUAAUCGUAAAAGAGCACAAAAAGGACAAGUUGGAAUAAAAACACUGUAUCAUAAAAAGGAUAUUCAAUUUUUGAUGCACGAACCAAUUAUAUGGAAAUUAAGGGAUUACAAAAUAUUUAAUAGAAAAGUAGGAAGGGCAAGGGCAAUGAGAGAUUUUGCAGAAAUGAAAAGAUAUUUAAGUAAACAUCCUACUUUGAAAUUAGAUCAUAUUGUUAAAGAACGUUACCCGACAUUCAUCGAUGCUUUAAGAGAUCUAGAUGAUUGUUUAACUUUAUGUUUUUUGUUCAGUACAUUUCCGUCCUUAGCUCACAUACCACGUGAUCAAUCAUCUUUAUGCAGGAGACUAACCAUUGAAUUUUUACAUUAUGUAGUAGCAGCAAAAGCCUUAAGAAAAGUUUUUAUAUCCAUUAAAGGUUAUUAUUAUCAAGCUGAAAUUAAAGGUCAGAUGAUUACCUGGAUUGUACCACAUCAUUUUUCUUUCGAGCCACAAGAGAAAAGAGAAGUUGAUUUCAAAGUUAUGUCUAUAUUUGUGGAAUUCUAUAUUGUGAUGCUUGGCUUUGUAAAUUAUAGGCUUUAUCAUUCUCUUAAUUUGUUUUAUCCUCCACAAUUUAAUAAUAGUGUACCAUGUGAAAAGAAUCUUGUAGACGAGGAAGCAUUUGUAUCAGAAAGAAUAAGUGCAUUGAAUGUACCUCUUCUAGCAUUAGAUCCUACUAUACAAAAUGUAGAUAAUGAAGAAAUGGAAAUAGAUCAAUUUUCUAAGGACGCUGAUGCACAACAAUUGGAAACUGCAAAAUUAGAGGCUGAGAAAAUAAAGAAAUUAAAAACAUUAUUUAAAGGUUUGAAGUUUUUCUUAAAUAGAGAAGUUCCAAGAGAACCAUUAGUUUUUGUUUUACGUUGCUUUGGAGGAGAGGUUUCUUGGGAUAAAUUGUUGUUCGUUGGCGCAACUUUUGAUGAAAAUGACGAAACAAUUACACAUCAGAUUGUAGAUAGACCUAGUAUGGAUAAACAAUUCUUAUCUAGAUAUUAUGUGCAGCCACAAUGGGUAUUCGAUUCAGUGAAUGCAAGAGAAUUGUUGCCUGUAGAAAAAUAUUUAAUGGGUGCUAUUCUUCCUCCACACUUGUCUCCAUUCUCUGAGAGCCGAUUAGAUCAAACGUACAUUCCACCGGAGGAACGUGCGUUGAUUGAUCCUGAAUAUAAGCUCAGAAAUGUAGAAGAUGAUGAAUCAUCUUCUGAAGACGAAGAAGAUGAAGAUAAAUUGGAAAAUAAAACAGGAAACAUGGAAGAAGAUUCGAACGAUAAUAAAGAAGACGAAGAAGAAGAUGAUGAUGAUGAUGAUGAUGAUGAUGAUGAUGAUGAUGAUGAUAUUGAGAUAUCAGAUAGAGAAAAAGAAAAGGAACGUGAACGACUGCAAAAGAAAAAGGCAAUGAAAGUGAAGGCAGGUGAAAUAACGAAGGAAGAUCCUUAUGAAAAGGAACGUCAAGAUAAACAAGAAUAUCGACUGAGAGAAAAAAUGAUUAAGAAGAAACAUCGAAAUUUGUAUAAGAGUAUGAUGCAAGGUCGUAAAGAGAGAGCAAAAGAAAUCUGGUUACUGCGGAAAAAAAGGCGACUUCAUGAUAAUGCUGAAAAAGAAAAACAUAAAGAAACUCGUAAAUUACGAAGAAGUAAUCUUAUUGAAUAAAAAUAAAAAAAAUAAAAAAAAAAAAAAUAAAAAGAAAAGUUAUUACGACAUUAA